AUGGAUUCCAUACCAAACACUCCUGUAACGGAAGAUGCUCCAAAAAUUUAUCCCCUCAAAAAAAGUAAUGAUUAUGGCCAUGAUUUCGAAACACCAGCGGAUUAUGAGACCGCCAUACAGGUAUGUGGGUUUGGGCGAUUCAACAUUAUCCUACUACUGGCCGCCAUACCAGCUAUUAUGGGAUCAGUAUUUGAAACUGCUGUUGUGUCAUUUAUUGUACCCAGUGCCGAAUGUGAUUUGAAUUUAGAUUUAGUUGAUAAGGGCAUAUUGAAUGGUAUCACUUAUGGAGGUAUGAUUGUAUCUGCUGUUGGAUGGGGUUACCUUGCCGACUCCAAGGGUCGUAAAAAUUUACUUAUCUGGGGAUUUCUGAUCGACGUGAUAUGUGUUAUCUGUGCAGCGAUAUCACAAAAUGUUGUACAACUGAUGCUGGCGAAAUUUUUUGGCGGAUUUGUCAUUUGUGGCCCCUUUGCUGUUCUAAUUUCAUAUUUAUCCGAAUUCCAUGGCAGCAAUCGUCGUCCACAGGUUAUGAUGAUUGUUGGCAUUAUGUUUAUGAUAUCGAAUAUUAUAUUACCGAUAUUGGCAAUGUCGAUACUACCCAAAGAUUGGAGUUUUCAAAUAUUCAAUAUGAAAUUUGUUUCUUGGAAAAUAUUUAUUGCCAUUUGUGGAAUACCCAGUUUGUUGGGUAGCCUACUUUUGUGUCUUCUACCAGAAAGUCCACGUUUUCUAAUGUCCAAUGGAAGGAAUUCUGAGGCAAUGGAAGCAUUUAAAAUGAUGUAUGCCUAUAAUAAGGGUAAGCCGAGAGAGACAUUUCCGAUUAAAACCCUUGUGGAAGAGGUAAAGCAGAAAAGUCAAUCGAAAGCCCCAACGACGUGUAGUAUAUCCACAAUUGAAGUUGCUCCGAGUUUGGAAAGUAAUGUGGACUCGAAAUCCUCUAAAGAACCGAAUAAGUUUCGCUUACUAUGUUCAAAGAGAAAUUUGUGGUUAUGCAUUGUUGUCUGUUUAAUGCAAUUUUUUGUUUUACUUGGACUAAAUACCAUGCGUCUUUGGUUGCCACAACUAUUUGCAUCCCUAAAUGAAUAUGAACAUAUAUCUUCGGAAGCUACCAGUAUGUGUACUAUUCUGGAAUAUAGUGUCAAUAAAACGGAAAUUGUGAAACAUGUUGUGGAAGAGUGCAGGGUGGUCAUUACUCCAGCCACAUAUACCAAUAAUAUUAUCGUAGCCUCUGUGGGUUUGGUAACCUAUCUGAUAGCUGGAAGUCUGGUGAAUGCCAUUGGCAAUAAACAAAUGCAAAUUAUAGGUUUAUCUUGUGCCGGUGUAUGUGGCAUUGGCCUCUAUUGGUCCUCGUCUUCGGUGGCCACCUUAAUAAUAUCAUCACUGUAUGUUGCACUGUGUAGUAUGGCAAAUACAUCAGCUGUUGGUGCUUCGGCAAAUUUAUUUCCAACUUCAUUAAGAACAAUAAUUGUUUCUAUGGCAAUGAUGCUCGGCCGUAUUGGUUCAAUAUUGGGUAAUGUGCUGUUUCCAAUAUUUAUGUCACUGGGUUGUAUACCACCGUUUGUUAUGGUCGGAGCUGUUUUAUUUAUUGGUUGCAUAUUGGCGGCAAUAUUACCGAAUACUAGUAAAUUGGAACUUAAAUGA